AUGACUUUCUACCGAACGCCUAAAAUGGAUUGUCUUACAGGGUUAAAACAUUCAAGUUUCCCUGCUGUCUACUCUGAGGAGAGGUCUAAUUUUCUCUUCUACUGUCCCACUUCUCUCUCACACUCUCCCCCUCUCUCUCUCUCUCUCUCUCUCUCACUCACUCGAUCACUCACACACUUACUUUUUCUCUCUCACUCUUUCUUAAGUACUGUUUCUUUUAUUUGUCUCUGCUCUUCCGUCUAUCUCCCCCUUCUCUCUUCACUCACUUUCUAUCCACAAUCCUUCCCUCUUGCUACUCUGUAUCUCGCCCUCUCUCUUCUUCUUCUUCUUCUUCUUCUUCUUUUUCUUCUCUCUUUUUGUCAGACUCUCACUGCUUUUUCUCCCUUAGUCACUAUUUUCUCCUCCCUGCUCCAUUUCUCUUUAUUUCCUCCUUUCCCUUCUCCCUUUAAUUUGAUUUCUUUUUAUUCGUUCUUUUCCUCUUUCUCCAAGGGUUUUUCUGAUUCUCUUUUUUUUUUUUUUUUUUGCUUUUUCAACAUUUCUUCCUUUCCUUUCCCUUACUCCAUCUCUUCUCCCCCAUCUAGCUCUUUCACCUUCCUUCUAUCUACCUAUCUACUUUUUUUCUCUUUUCUUCUCUUUUCUUCUCUUUUCUUCUCAUUUCUUUUUUCUUUGCUUUUCUUUUUUCUCUUCUUUCCGAUUAUCUUCUCUCUCUCUCUCUCUCUCUCUCUCUCUCUCUCCCUCUCUCUUUCUCUUUCUCUCUCUUUCUUUCCCUCUGUAUUGGCAUGUCCUUCAAAUGUUUACACCCUUCUCCUCCGCCUCUCUCCGAUUCUUUAUUUUUUUUUCUUUACGCCUGGCAUCAUUGUCCCUUAUUUCAUCCUCUCUACACCUUUUUGCCUUCUAAUUCUAAUUUUUAUUUUAUUCAUUAAAGAAAUUCUUUCUUUCCUUCUUUUCAUUUCUUCAUUAUAUCUCAACAACUUUUUGCAUUCUUCUCUCUCACUAGUUUUAUCUUUCUUUUUUAUCUUUCUUCUUUAUCUUUCUUCUUUAUCUUUCUUCUUUAUCUUUCUUUUUUAUCUUUCUUCUUUCUUUAUCUUUCUUCUUUAUCUUUCUUCUUUAUCUUUCUUCUUUCUUUAUCUUUCUUCUUUAUCUUUCUUCUUUAUCUUUCUUCUUUAUCUUUCUUCUUUAUCUUUCUUUUUUUAUCUUUUUUUUUUUUUAUCUUUCUUCUUUAUCUUUCUUCUUUAUCUUUCUUCUUUCUUUAUCUUUCUUCUUUAUCUUUCUUCUUUAUCUUUCUUCUUUAUCUUUCUUCUUUAUCUUUCUUUUUUAUCUUUCUUCUUUCUUUAUCUUUCUUCUUUAUCUUUCUUCUUUAUCUUUCUUCUUUCUUUAUCUUUCUUCUUUAUCUUUCUUCUUUAUCUUUCUUUCUUUCUUUUUCUUUAUCUUUCUUCUUUAUCUUUCUUCUUUAUCUUUCUUCUUUAUCUUUCUUCUUUCUUUAUCUUUCUUCUUUAUCUUUCUUCUUUAUCUUUCUUCUUUAUCUUUCUUCUUUAUCUUUCUUCUUUCUUUAUCUUUCUUCUUUAUCUUUCUUCUUUAUCUUUCUUCUUUAUCUUUCUUCUUUCUUUAUCUUUCUUCUUUAUCUUUCUUCUUUAUCUUUCUUCUUUAUCUUUCUUCUUUAUCUUUCUUCUUUAUCUUUCUUUUUUAUCUUUCUUCUUUAUCUUUCUUCUUUAUCUUUCUUCUUUAUCUUUCUUCUUUAUCUUUCUUCUUUCUUUAUCUUUCUUCUUUAUCUUUCUUCUUUAUCUUUCUUCUUUAUCUUUCUUUUUAUCUUUCUUCUUUCUUUAUCUUUCUUCUUUUAUCUUUCUUCUUUAUCUUUCUUCUUUAUCUUUUCUUCUUUAUCUUUCUUUUUAUCUUUCUUCUUUCUUUAUCUUUCUUUUUAUCUUUCUUCUUUCUUUAUCUUUCUUCUUUUAUCUUUCUUCUUUAUCUUUUCUUCUUUCUUUUAUCUUUCUUCUUUAUCUUUCUUCUUUAUCUUUCUUCUUUAUCUUUCUUCUUUAUCUUUCUUCUUUAUCUUUCUUCUUUCUUUAUCUUUCUUCUUUAUCUUUCUUCUUUAUCUUUCUUCUUUAUCUUUCUUUUUUAUCUUUCUUCUUUAUCUUUCUUCUUUAUCUUUCUUCUUUAUCUUUCUUCUUUAUCUUUCUUCUUUAUCUUUCUUCUUUAUCUUUCUUCUUUCUUUAUCUUUCUUCUUUAUCUUUCUUCUUUCUUUAUCUUUCUUCUUUAUCUUUCUUCUUUAUCUUUCUUCUUUAUCUUUCUUCUUUCUUUUAUCUUUCUUCUUUAUCUUUCUUUCUUUAUCUUUCUUCUUUAUCUUUCUUCUUUAUCUUUCUUCUUUCUUUUAUCUUUCUUUUUAUCUUUCUUCUUUAUCUUUCUUCUUUAUCUUUCUUCUUUAUCUUUCUUCUUUAUCUUUCUUCUUUAUCUUUUUCUUCUUUCUUUAUCUUUCUUCUUUAUCUUUUUCUUCUUUAUCUUUCUUCUUUAUCUUUCUUCUUUCUUUAUUUUCUUCUUUAUCUUUCUUCUUUAUCUUUCUUCUUUAUCUUUUCUUCUUUAUCUUUCUUCUUUAUCUUUCUUCUUUUUUAUCUUUCUUCUUUUAUCUUUCUUCUUUAUUUUUUAUUUUCUUUUAUUAUUCUUUAUCUUUCUUUUUUAUCUUUCUUUUUUAUCUUUCUUCUUUAUCUUUCUUCUUUAUCUUUCUUCUUUAUCUUUCUUUUUUAUCUUUCUUCUUUAUCUUUCUUCUUUAUCUUUCUUCUUUAUCUUUCUUCUUUAUCUUUCUUCUUUCUUUUAUCUUUUUUUCUUUAUCUUUCUUCUUUAUCUUUCUUCUUUCUUUAUCUUUCUUCUUUAUCUUUCUUCUUUUAUCUUUCUUCUUUAUCUUUCUUCUUUAUCUUUCUUUUUUAUCUUUCUUCUUUAUCUUUCUUCUUUAUCUUUCUUCUUUAUCUUUCUUCUUUAUCUUUCUUUUUUUAUUUUCUUCUUUAUCUUUCUUCUUUAUCUUUCUUUUUAUCUUUCUUCUUUAUCUUUCUUCUUUCUUUAUCUUUCUUCUUUAUCUUUCUUCUUUAUCUUUCUUCUUUCUUUUUUAUCUUUCUUCUUUAUCUUUUUCUUUUAUCUUUCUUCUUUAUCUUUCUUUUUUUAUCUUUCUUCUUUUUAUCUUUCUUCUUUAUCUUUCUUCUUUAUCUUUCUUCUUUUUUUUUAUCUUUCUUCUUUAUCUUUCUUCUUUAUCUUUCUUUCUUUAUCUUUCUUCUUUAUCUUUCUUUUUAUCUUUCUUCUUUAUCUUUCUUCUUUAUCUUUCUUCUUUAUCUUUCUUCUUUAUUUUUCUUCUUUCUUUAUCUUUUUCUUUUUUUCUUUCUUUAUCUUUCUUCUUUCUUUAUCUUUCUUCUUUAUCUUUCUUCUUUAUCUUUCUUCUUUAUCUUUCUUUUUUAUCUUUCUUCUUUAUCUUUCUUCUUUAUCUUUCUUCUUUAUCUUUCUUCUUUCUUUAUCUUUCUUCUUUAUCUUUCUUCUUUAUCUUUCUUCUUUAUCUUUUCUUUUUAUCUUUCUUCUUUAUCUUUCUUCUUUCUUCUUUAUCUUUCUUCUUUUAUCUUUCUUCUUUAUCUUUCUUCUUUAUCUUUCUUCUUUCUUUAUCUUUCUUCUUUAUCUUUCUUCUUUUAUCUUUCUUCUUUAUCUUUCUUCUUUAUCUUUCUUCUUUAUCUUUCUUCUUUAUCUUUCUUCUUUAUCUUUCUUCUUUAUCUUUCUUCUUUAUCUUUCUUCUUUCUUUAUCUUUCUUCUUUAUCUUUCUUCUUUAUCUUUCUUCUUUAUCUUUCUUCUUUAUCUUUCUUCUUUCUUUAUCUUUCUUCUUUAUCUUUCUUCUUUAUCUUUCUUCUUUCUUUAUCUUUCUUCUUUAUCUUUCUUCUUUAUCUUUCUUCUUUAUCUUUCUUCUUUAUCUUUCUUCUUUAUCUUUCUUCUUUAUCUUUCAAUUCAUUCACAGCUUAG